AUGGCCAAGAUGAUGCGUUUCUAUGCAACGACUGAUCCACUGCGCUGCUGCACAAAACUACGUCGUUCCAAGCUUAUCGUCCAUCAAAGUCUUCCAUCGAGGAUCAUCUUCCUCAGAUCCUCGAUUUCCUCUUCCAACGACAUCAACAACUUUUCCUCUGCUCAACAAGCUCCUCUUAGUUCAUCAAGGAUGGUGCCUCAAGCCUACUCUGAGAUCAUGAUAACCUGA